AGGUUUUGAAUGAGUGACAGUUUUGGCUUUGGCAAGAGCUCAUAAGUGCAAUAGCAUGCAGAAAACGCACACUGCUGACGGAGAUGUACUUCCCCUCCAUUUAAAUUACAGUAAAUAAGAACCAGCCGAAGUAUUUUUAAAAUACCUGUGCCAAAUACCACAUUGAGUGUUAGUAAUCUCGUGAAAAUGUCUGUUGAAAUCAAAUACAUUGUGCACCCAAGACUCACUAAUGACUCUACUCUGGCUAAGCAUGUCCCAUCUUGGUUUCAGCUUACAAGGUGAAGUCUCAUUCUUUCAGAAAACAGUAAUUUCACUAAACAUUCAUGCCCCUUAAGACCGUUCAGCCUUACUGGCUCCCUCAAAAUGACAAAUACUAAUAGUUCUUGCUCGAUCGUCAGCCUAAAGCCGCGUGGUUCAGCUUCACCAAUUGAUGUGCUUAUGAUGAUGUUUUUGGUGUCCAGUAUUUAGUAUACAUGUGUGCCAGUCCGUGACCUGGUUUUUCAGGUUAUGUCAAACGCCCCUGUCACUAGUGCCUUGUCACCUCCUCCACCAGGGAGGGAUAACUCGCAAAUUAAAUGCAACGUGGAGUGACAAUCUCACCGACUUGUCUGUACUUGGUGUGGUGACAAGUGACACCAUGGAAAUUAAAAUCCUUUGUUGGAUAUUUUUGCUUGGAUAUUUAAAUACAUCCUGCGGACAAGUGCUAACCAACACAACUGAGGGAACAACCACAGCUGUGCCUCCAACCGACACAACUGAGACGACCACCACAGCUGUGCCUCAAAGCAAUGCAACUGAGACAACCACCACAACUGUAACUCCAACCAGUGCAACUGACACAACUGAGAUGAGCACCACAACUGUGCCUUCAACCACUGCAACUGACGCAACUGAGACAACCACCACAGCUGUGCCUCCAACCAGUGCAACUGAGACAACCACCACAGCUGUGCCUCCAACCAGUGCAACUGAGACAACUACCACAGCUGUGCCUCCAACCACUGCAACUGCCGCAACUGAGACAACCACCACAGCUGUGCCUCCAACCACUGCAACUGAGACAACCACCACAGCUGUGCCUCCAACCAGUGCAACUGAUGCAACCGAGACAACCACCACAACUGUGCCUCCAACCAGUGCAACUGAGACAACCACCACAGCUGUGCCUCCAACCAGUGCAAAUGAUGCAACCGAGACAACCACCACAACUGUGCCUCCAACCAGUGCAACUGACGCAACUGCGAUGAGCACCACAACUGUGCCUCCAACCACUGCAACUGACGCAAAUGAGACAACCACCACAACUGUGCCUCCAACCACUGCAACUGAUGCAACUGAGACAACCACCACAACUGUGCCUCCAACCACUGCAACUGAGACAACCACCACAACUGUGCCUCCAACCACUGCAAUUGAUGCAACUGAGACGGCUACCACAACUGUGCCUCCAACCACUGCAACUGACGCAACUGAGAUGAGCACCACAACUGUGCCUCCAACCACUGCAACUGACGCAACUGAGACAACCACCACAACUGUGCCUCCAACCACUGCAACUGAGAUAACCACCACAACUGUGCCUCCAACCACUGCAACUGACGCAACUGAGACAACCACUACGACUGUGCCUCCAACCACUGCAACUGAGACAACCACCACAACUGUGCCUCCAACCAGUGCAGCUGAUGCAACUGAGACAACCACCACAACUGUGCCUCCAACCACUGCAUCUGAUGCAACUGAGACAACCACCACAGCUGUGCCUCCAACCACUGUAAAUGAUGCAACUGAGACAACUACCACAACUGUGCCUCCAACUACUGCAACUGAAACGACCACCACAGCUGUGCCUCCAACCACUGCAACUGAGACGACUACCACAACUGUGCCUCCAACCAGUGCAACUGACGCAACUGAGAUGAGCACCACAACUGUGCCUCCAACCACUGCAACUGACGCAACUGAGACAACCACCACAACUGUGCCUCCAACCACUGCAAAUGAGAUAUCCACCACAGCUGUGCCUCCAACCACUGCAACUGAUGCAACUGAGACAACCACCACAACUGUGCCUCCAACCACUGCAACUGAGACAACCACCACAACUGUGCCUCCAACCACUGCAACUGAGACAACCACCACAACUGUGCCUCCAACCAGUGCAGCUGAUGCAACUGAGACAACCACCACAACUGUGCCUCCAACCACUGCAUCUGAUGCAACUGAGACAACCACCACAGGUGUGCCUCCAACCACUGUAAAUGAUGCAACUGAGACAACUACCACAACUGUGCCUCCAACUACUGCAACUGAAACGACCACCACAGCUGUGCCUCCAACCACUGCAACUGACGCAACUGAGACGGCUACCACAACUGUGCCUCCAACCAGUGCAACUGACGCAACUGAGAUGAGCACCACAACUGUGCCUCCAACCACUGCAACUGACGCAACUGAGACAACCACCACAACUGUGCCUCCAAUCACUGCAACUGAGAUAUCCACCACAGCUGUGCCUCCAACCACUGCAACUGAUGCAACUGAGACGGCUACCACAACUGUGCCUCCAACCAGUGCAACUGACGCAACUGAGAUGAGCACCACAACUGUGCCUCCAACCACUGCAACUGACGCAACUGAGACAACCACCACAGCUGUGCCUCCAACCACUGCAACUGAGAUAUCCACCACAACUGUGCUUCCGACCACUGCAACUGUCACUACUGAGAUGAGCACCACAACUGUGCCUUCAACCACUGCAACUGACGCAACUGAUGCAACCACCACAACUGUGCCUCCAACCACUGCAUCUGAUGCAACUGAGACAACCACCACAGCUGUGCCUCCAACCACUGUAAAUGAUGCAACUGAGACAACUACCACAACUGUGCCUCCAACUACUGCAACUGAAACGACCACCACAGCUGUGCCUCCAACCACUGCAACUGACGCAACUGAGACGGCUACCACAACUGUGCCUCCAACCAGUGCAACUGACGCAACUGAGAUGAGCACCACAACUGUGCCUCCAACCACUGCAACUGACGCAACUGAGACAACCACCACAACUGUGCCUCCAACCACUGCAACUGAGAUAUCCACCACAGCUGUGCCUCCAACCACUGCAACUGAUGCAACUGAGACGGCUACCACAACUGUGCCUCCAACCAGUGCAACUGACGCAACUGAGAUGAGCACCACAACUGUGCCUCCAACCACUGCAACUGACGCAACUGAGACAACCACCACAGCUGUGCCUCCAACCACUGCAACUGAGAUAUCCACCACAACUGUGCUUCCGACCACUGCAACUGUCACUACUGAGAUGAGCACCACAACUGUGCCUUCAACCACUGCAACUGACGCAACUGAUGCAACCACCACAACUGUGCCUCCAACCACUGCAUCUGAUGCAACUGAGACAACCACCACAGCUGUGCCUCCAACCACUGUAAAUGAUGCAACUGAGACAACUACCACAACUGUGCCUCCAACUACUGCAACUGAAACGACCACCACAGCUGUGCCUCCAACCACUGCAACUGAUGCAACUGAGACGACUACCACAACUGUGCCUCCAACCAGUGCAACUGACGCAACUGAGAUGAGCACCACAACUGUGCCUCCAACCACUGCAACUGAUGCAACUGAGACAACCACCACAGCUGUGCCUCCAACCACUGUAAAUGAUGCAACUGAGACGGCUACCACAACUGUGCCUCCAACCAGUGCAGCUGAUGCAACUGAGAUGAGCACCACAACUGUGCCUCCAACCACUGCAACUGACGCAACUGAGACAACCACCACAACUGUGCCUCCAACCACUGCAAAUGAGAUAUCCACCACAGCUGUGCCUCCAACCACUGCAACUGAUGCAACUGAGACAACCACCACAACUGUGCUUCCAACCACUGCAACUGUCACUACUGAGAUGAGCACCACAACUGUGCCUUCAACCACUGCAACUGACGCAACUGAUGCAACUGAUGCAACUGAUGCAACCACCACAACUGUGCCUCCAACCACUGCAUCUGAUGCAACUGAGACAACUACCACAACUGUGCCUCCAACCACUGCAACUGACGCAACUGAAAUGAGCACCGCUACUGUGCCUCCAACCACUGCAACUGAGAUGAGCACCACAACUGUGCCUCCAACCACUGCAACUGAUGCAACUGAGACGGCCACCACAGCUGUGCCUCCAACCACUGCAAUUGAUGCAACUGAGACAACCACCACAACUGUGCCUCCAAACACUGCAAAUGUCACAACUGAGAUGAGCACCACAACUGUGCCUCCAACCAGUGCAACUGAGAUGAGCACCACAACUGUGCCUCCAACCACUGCAACUGAUGCAACUGAGACAACCACCACAACUGUGCCUCCAACCACUGAAAAUGACACAACUGAGAUGAGCACCACAACUGUGCCUCCAACCACUGCAAAUGUCACAGCUGAGACAACCGCCACAACUGUGCCUCCAACCACUGCAACUGACGCAGCUGAAACAACUGCCACAGCUGUAGUAACAACUACCUCAGAUACAGAAACAAUCACAACUGUGCCUCCAACCAGUGCAACUGACACAAUAACCACAGCUGUGCCUCCAACCACUGUAGCUGAUGCAACUACCUCAGCUGUGCCUCUAACCACUGCUGCUGAUGCAACUACUACAGCUGUGCCUCCAACCACUGUAGCUGACGCAACUACCACAGCUGUGCCUCCAACCACUGUAGCUGAUGCAACUACCACAGCUGUGCCUCCAACCACUGUAGCUGAUGCAACUACCACAACUGUGCCUCCAACCACUACAGUUGAUGCAGAUGAGAUUGCCACAGCUUCAGUAACAACUACCUCAGAAACGGAGGCAACCACCACAGCUGUGCCUCCAACCACUGUAGCUGAUGCAACUACCACAGCUGUUCCUCCAACCACUACAACUGACGCAAUAACCACAGCUGUGCCUCCAACCACUGCAGCUGAUGCAACUACUACAGCUGUGCCUCCAACCACUGCAGCUGACUCAACUACCACAGCUGUGCCUCCAACCACUGCAGCUGAUGCAACUACUACAGCUGUGCCUCCAACCACUGUAGCUGACGCAACUACCACAGCUGUGCCUCCAACCACUGCAGCUGAUGCAACUACUACAGCUGUGCCUCCAACCACUGUAGCUGAUGCAACUACCACAGCUGUGCCUCCAACCACUGUAGCUGAUGCAACUACCAUACCUGUGCCUCCAACCACUGUAGCUGAUGCAACUACCACAGCUGUGCCUCCAACCACUGUAGCUGAUGCAACUACCAUACCUGUGCCUCCAACCACUGUAGCUGAUGCAACUACCACAACUGUGCCUCCAACCACUGCAACUGAUGCAGAUGAGAUUACCACAGCUGCAGUAACAACUACCUCAGAAACCACAGCUGUGCCUCCAACCACUGCAACUGAGACAACUGCCACAAAUGCCACUCCAAGUUCCACAAAUGCACCCUUAAGUACCACAACACCACCGUUCAGCACCAUUACCACAACCCCAACAGUUACAACCACAAUACCAAACAUCUCAACCCCAAAAGAGGCAACAGCCCAGGCCUUGGUGCAUAUACAGAUGAAGUUAAUUUCUUAUGGCGGCAUUAGCAAUGGAACCAUCACUGAAAUUGUUGAACAGUUUUUAAGACAGCAGCUCCUGAAUGGGACCACUGACACAGUCACAGUGACAAACAUUGAAAGCACUAGCGUGGCCCCGUAGAAGCUUUGGGUGGACAGAAAUCAUCAAAAAUUAAUGUAUACAGACAGUAAUUCAAGGUUGUGCUGGUCCUACUGUUUUAGCACAUGGUAAAGGGGUACUUCACCUGAACUGUUUCAUCUAACAUUGUACUCCACUGUGCUGAAGUGGUCUACAGACAAUAUGAUCAAACUAUCAGACCUACCUGGAUUGUACUUCUGGUGUAAGAAAAAGUGUUUUAUGAUGAAAAGACAGAGAUAAUUUUAGGCCCAGUCCCCUCUUACGCCUUUUUAUCAUCAGUUUGUCAAAUUAAAUAACAAAGAACAUCGCUUCAAGUCAUCACUGAGACUCAUUUCACUUUGCAUAAUCCUCAAAAAUUAUAAUUAUUAGUAUGAUCAUAAUGUCUGAUGUAUGAUGCACUUUUUGCUCCAGUACAGUGUAAAUACAGUGCAACGUAAAGCUACUGUCAAGCAAUCCGAUCUGUCAAAGAGGAUUUUAGGGGGCACCAUUAAUUCUCAUGACUGUAACUGGAGGAGCAGCUGAUAUGCUGCCAAUUCUCACGAUCAGGAAGUUAAUAAACUAUGCGUUUGUGUUUGGAAAGAUCUCGCUGAUUUGAAAUGAUAACCUUGCGUGAGUUCCUCAUUCACAAGUAAAAUGUCAGAGAGAUAAACAAUCUGUCAAGUUUUACUUUCAAAAUGCAUGCAACAUGCAUUAAUGAUCAAGUGUGUAUUUUUGUAUUUAAUUAGGUUUGUUUUUGCCUGUGUGCCCUGUUCCAGCCUCUGUCCAUUUGAUAAAUUUGUCUGUCCAAGUAUUGGAAUAUAUAGAAAUGUGUAACAAUGUGAUGCACUGAAGCAGGAUAUUUGUGAUCCUGAACUUAGGCCAGUAUGCUGCUGUGCAGCAAAGUGUUUUUCUUUUUUUACACCUGCAGCCAAAUGUUUUUCUUCUCACAUCUACGAUUCUUCAAAUUAUUAUUUUUUUAUUUUUUUCAGAUGUAAUCUAGUUUUUAAAAAUUGUUAUUUAUCGUCAUAUUUUGUUUGUAGCCUCAGUGGUUUAAGGCGGCAUGAUCAUUGCUGCACUGUCACAGUCAAAGCUGAUCAACUUUCUGCUUUUGCUCAGAUUAAAUAUUAGAUUUAUAACACGAGAUUAGCUGCCUUUUCAAUGUGAUUUAUGUCCAUUUGAAAGAUGAAUAAAAAGACAAAUCUA